CCCAGACUUUAGUGUCAAAGCAUUUCCUCAUCAAUUGUUUUGUACUUUUAUUUUCAUUCAAUCAGUUAUUAACAGUCUAUUUUGCAAUUCAUUUCAAUCUGACCCUGGUCGUGUUGCAAUCUAUCGGAUCAUUCAUUCUGACUAUCGGACACCAAAAGUCACGUCUUCUCGCAUUUGAUGACAUUCACAGCAAAUGACAGUGUAUUGAAUGCCUAAUAAUUGAUGAAUGAUUGCAGGCGUGAGUGAUGGGCAACACGAACACGACCUCCUCGUCCAAGAGGGACCGCACCUAUUCGGUGGACAGCGCUUACGACAGACGGGAGUCCAGUAGUCCGCGAUCUGAAGACAACCGCACCUUCGAGUUCGUGGCCGGCGGUCGCAAAAAGCCUGUCCUCUGCUAUCAGUCUUCCUCU